CCUUUCUCUUCUGCUCGACCAAGGUCUUAUCUCCUUGGCGAGGGGCGUAGCCAGGAAUUUUCAAAGGGCGGGUUCUGAAAUUGCCAAGUUAAACUAUUUUCUGAAUUUGUAUUAUGUAUUUUCAACCUGGCGAGACAUCUACAAUUCCAACUAUAUGAAUGUCUAAUGCAUAUCCCAUAUUGUAGUAGCUUCAUUAUAACUGUGCAAUUUUCUAUUGAGAAUAUAAUUUGAUACAUUUUCCAAUUAUUGUAUUCACUAUCUUAUAUUUUACUAAAAUGUACUUUUGUUUUAUUCCAGAGGUUAUGACUAAAUGGCAAACAGUGUAUAAAUCAUCAUAGAUAGUAUAUCAUAGAUAGACUCAUUAUGACUUCUCAGGCAUCUGGACGUACCGCUAUUAUGCUGCAUCCUUCAUUACCCACAAUAAAAGAAACCACUUUAUCAUGGUUGGGUUCUGAAUUAGAAAGUUCUCUUUUUGCGACCGGUGAAGGAGAUGAUAGAAAUCCUGGUUUAUCAAAUCCAGUGCUGACAGAAAAUGUCCAGAGAUAUAUUGAUUUCGAUGACCAAUGCCUAAGCAUGAAAAGUGGUGAAGGCAGCACUAGUGAAUUUUCCGGCAUUCAACCUUUUCCAGUUGGAAGCGAUGAUACUCCACCAAUGGCUAUGAAUGAAUUCAAUAGAAACAUGCAAAAGAAUUUUAAAAUUCUUUUAUCAGAGUCUGAAAGUCUUCCGAAACCUUUUAUUGAAAGUGACGAAGAUGAUCAGCUGGAAGAAGGUGAGAUUGAUACUGAAAAUGAGCCUCAAUCCCAGCGCACACAAAACGGUGAUCUAUCUCAAAUUGAUCCUCUGUUAGGAAUACUCAAUUCCAAAAUAAUGGAGGGUGAUAUAGGCAAACUGAUUGGACAAGGAGAUGACCAGGCUAUAGAAAAAAUUCAGCUUAUAAAAUUAUGGCAAAUGAUGCAGCAAGAGGAAUUGCGAAAGAGGCAGGAGGCUGAAAUUGCAAUGCUGAAUGCUCAAAGAGAAAAAAUGAAACUUGAUAGACAGGAAUGUCAAACUAUAGCUCUGGAAAAAGUUGUUUCUGAUGUUGAUUUUUAUAUUGAAAAAGAAGAUGUAGAAACUGGCAGUUUGGAGUAUUCCGAGACCAUUCAAUCAAGCGACCGACUUGGUUCUUGGGACAACUGCUCACAGCCAAAAUUUGAUGACGUUCAAGUCGAGGGACAAAAAAGGUCAUUUGAGCAAAUUCUCGAAGAUGAGAUGAAAAAGGAAGAGGAAAAGCGGGAGAAAAAUAAUAAAGCUAAAGCCCCUAUCAAAAGACCUUUUUUAAAAAAGGGUCAAGGACUAUCAAGAUUCAAAGGACCUCCGCAACGUAAAGUUCCAAAGCCUAUUAAUAAGGAUAAGAAUAUGCCUAAACCAGCGUGUCAAAAUAUUGUUUCGAAAUCUGAGAACAAAGCUCAAGAGAGAAAAAGUGGGAAAAAUGUAUUAACAAAAAAGCCACCAGUCAACGGGGUUGUACCGAAGAUACAAAGUCAUAUUGUAAAACAGACACAAGGUCGUACAAAGCAAUCAUAUCCUUCAGAACGAGAAUUGCAAACAAAAGACAGAGAUUACCAUAUUGAUGAUGUGGAUUUAGAAGAGUUUGAGAUGCUGGAGCGGUAUGCUGAGGAUGAUGCAUCUUUCUUUAAUGAACCAUCCUUAAUUGUGUCUGUUUUACAACAAGAACAUGAUGUUAAUAAUGAUAGAGAGAAACUGGAGAAUCGUCUGUCUUUGAGAGAGAGAGUUCGUGAGCGAAGAAAAAUGAGAGAGAAAGCUAGAGCGAAAAUUCAAGAUGAUCCAAAAUUUAGUGUGUUGCAGGUUGGGAACAUACAUGCUCCACCACCUUUGAUAACACCAGAACCUGAUAUUUCAUCACAGGAGAUCAUGGAAAAUGCAAUUCUUUCACCUACACCUCCAAAAUCACUUUAUCGAUCUCCCGAACGACAAAAAAUAAAGUUGAUUCAAAGAAAAACGGCCAGCUUGGUAAAACGUGAGAAAUUGGUGCAUCCUCUCCCACAACCUGCUGUUGUCGCCCCUCCAAAUCAAUGUAAUAAUUUUUCUCUUAAUAAUGCUAAUUUUCAACUAUGUUCAUCUCCGAACAUAGCUUUUUCACCUCAUAGCCGGAACAUGGUUGCACCAGGUUCUAACAAUGGAAAAUCAGCAACUGAAGAUCGUUUGAUUCAGAAACAAGAUUCUGAACAAGAGAAUGAGUUUCAAGAUGAUCAAACAUGGGGCGAUCUCAAUGAUACUGCCCUGAAUACAACUUUACCUACUUCUGACCCUGCAGAUAAUGUUGAAAGAUGUGUUGCUAAUGCUUUCGAUUCACCACGAGCUUAUAAAGUUACAGAUUACAUGGAGCCAGAAAAUGAAGAUAUAGAAAACCCAGUUCGUGAUACAGAAUCUAAAGUUUCUAAUAAUUUAUUAUCUCUGUCACCACCUCCACCUCCAACAAGCUUGAUGCAAAAACUGUUUCCUGGUCUUAAAGUUCCAAAAUCUUCUUUAGCUAAAAUUGAUUCCAAAUCUGUUCAACAUGAACCUGAAAAAGAAGUAUCUGAUGGAGAGGAUGUAACAAUGCAAGAGCCUUCACAAGCUUCUGCCUUGAAACAGAAAUUACUGGAGUUAGAAAGUGAGAUUGCUAAAUUUAAAAAAGAAAACGAGUCACUGGAAAAUCUCAGGAAAAAACAGGAGGAAAAUUUUAAGACAUUGGAAAAAGAAAUGCUUGAAUUUAAGAAUCAAAAAGAAGAUGAAUUAGCCAGACUGGAAGAAUAUAGAAAAACUGAGACUAAGAAACUGAAAAAAGAGAGAAAAUUAUUCGAGGAACAUGUUCUUGCUACACGGAUGAUGCCACGAAAAGAAGAGAGAGAAGAAAUACAAAAAUUACAAGAAGAAAUUGAGGUUCUUCGAAACGAUAAUAAGACGAAAGAACAAAAAUGGAUUUCUUCAAACAACAGAAUGCGCAAUCAAGUUGAGAGAUUGGAGGCCGAGAAUAAACAAUUGCAACAACGCAUCAAUGAAACUGAAGCUCAGCGGUUAAAAGAGUGGAAUGCUAUGAAGUCGAAUCAGCCAAAGAAAUCAUCAGUGUGGAAAACAGUAAACAAAAUUGUAGAAUCAUCUGAUAUAGUCACAGAGGCUGGCAAUAUUGAUCAACCCAUUUCUAGUAAAUCGAAUCUCAGUAAUUCACAUGAUAGCGUUUUGUCUAAAAAGCCAACAAGUGUGGAAUAUUCCAGACCAGUCAAAGAAGGAAAAUCAAAUAAAGGUCUUAUAGCAGAGGUUGCAUUCUCAAAUCUGAAGAAUACAAUAGAACAGUCAAAGUCUUCGGAUAUAUCCGCAGAAAUGAUGCACAAAGAUGGAAAGGUUGAGAAAACACAGAAAGAUGGAAGCAAAAUUGUCAUUUUUCCGAAUGGGACUCAAAAAGAAGUUUCUGGAGAUGGACAAACUGUGAAGGUACGCUUUGCGAAUGGAGAUAUCAAGCAAAUAUAUGGAGAUGGUUCGAUAGUUUAUUUUUAUGAAGAAAAUGGUACUACACAUACAACUCAUCGUGAUGGUCUUCAGGUUUUUGAGUUUCCGAACAAGCAAGUUGAGCACCACUUCCCUGAUGGAACAAAGCAGAUCACGUUUCCUGAUCAAACUGUCAAAUAUCUACACACAGAUGGUACUGAACAAACUGUGUUUCCUGAUGGUACAGAAAUGCAUAUUUCAACAAACAAAGACAAAACAAUUGUAUUUGCAAAUGGCCAACGUGAAAUUCAUACAAUUGAUUUUAAGAAAAGAGAAUAUCCUGAUGGUACAAGCAAAACUGUUUUUAGUGAUGGAAGGCAAGAAACGAGGUAUGCUUCUGGAAGAUUGAGGGUUAAAGAUGCUCAUGGCAAUGUUAUCAUCGAUAGGAUGACUGUGUCUGAUGGAAUGCAUUGAAAUUUGAUUACAAGUUUCUUUGGAAUAGCGCUAGUGAAUUAAACUUGAAGAUGUUUGGAGCAAGAUGAGCUUGAGAAACCCAUUUAUGUGUGUAAACAAAAUUGUGUUUAUUUAUUGUGAAUGAAUUUCAUAUCCAUGUCUUUGAAUAUAUUUUG